AUGGGAAGCCACGACGAGAGGGAAGAAAGUUACCAAUACGUUUAUAAAGACGUUUUCUUUCUUCUGUCCACCUCUCUAGCCAAAAAGGAGCAGGAUGGUGGAGAUGAGAAGAAGCAGGUGCAGAAGAAGAAAGUGAAGGAGCUGAAGCUUCUUGACUCCAAGAGUGCACAGAACCUGUCCAUUUUCCUGGGAUCCUUCCGUCUCCCUUAUGAGGAGAUCAAGAAUGCCAUCCUAGAGGUUAAUGAGAAGAUCUUAACAGAGUCCCUGGUGCAGAAUCUGGUCAAACAACUGCCAGCACCAGAGCAGCUGAGUGUCCUUGGAGAUAUGAAGGAUGAAUACGAUGACUUGGCCGAGUCCGAACAGUUUGGAGUAGUGAUGUCCACUGUCAACCAACUGAUGCCACGGCUUCAGGCCAUCCUGUUUAAACUGCAGUUUGAGGAGCAGCUGAACAAUAUCAAGCCGGAUGUGGUUUCUGUUACGGCAGCCUGCGAGGAGCUCAGGGGAAGUCAGAACUUCUCCACUUUGCUGCAGAUCAUCCUUCUCUUGGGGAAUUACAUGAAUGCUGGCUCUCGCAAUGGAAAGGCAUUCGGCUUUUCCAUAUCAUACCUUUGCAAGUUGCGUGACACCAAAUCAUCUGAUCAGAAGCAGACACUGCUCCACUUCCUCGCUGAUGUGUGCCAGGAGCAGUAUCCUGAUAUCAUGACCUUUCCAGAUGAGCUCAUCCAUGUGGAAAAGGCCAGCAGAGUUUCUGCAGAGACAGUUCAGAAGAACGUAGAACUGAUGGGCCGUCAGGUCAGGGACCUGGAGGGGCUUCUGAAAAAGUUCCCACCUCCACAAAGCGACAAGGACCUGUUUGUGGAGAAGAUGUCCAGUUUCAUUGUCAGUGCCCAUGAGCAGCAUGAGAAGUUGGAUCUGAUGCAUAAGAAUAUGGAGAAGCAGUAUGCUGACCUGGGAGAUUAUUUUGUCUUUGACCCCAGUAAAAUCUCUGUAGAGGAAUUAUUUGGGGACCUUAACACCUUUAAAAACAUGUUCCAGCAAGCAGUGAAGGAGAAUCAGAAGAGAAAGGAGGCUGAAGAGAAGAUCAAGAGGGCCAAGUUGGCCAGGGAAAAAGCAGAGAGGGAGAAGGAGGAGAAGGGGAAAAGGAACCAGCUCCUUGACAUCAACGCAGAGGGUGAUGAAACUGGUAUCAUGGACGGCCUGUUGGAGGCACUGCAGUCUGGUGCUGCUUUCAGGAGAAAGAGAGGACCCCGGCAAGCAGACUCAAUUGUGUCUUUGUCACAGCUUGUUCUGGAGACCUGCUCGCCAACCACCGACGUGCUGGUCAUGCAGUGACCAACAUCCUGGCCAAAGAGCUGAUGCAGGAGGACACGUCUUCAUGUAAACUGCCUAUAAAGAAGACCAAGGUGGAUGAGAAAGAAGAGCCUAAUGUAGAGGGAGCAGAGUCUGUAGAGGUUGCUUCCUCUCGGUCUAAUUAGCCAA